CGUGUUCAUGUUUCGUGUUGUUAUAGUGCUGCCUGCUUUUGCUUAAAACUGGAACUAUAUUUCCGUAACCUUUCAUCUUAUCAAAGUACACUAGUGGAAAAAAACUUUGAUCUUUGCUCCGCCCACCAGCACUCAGGGAACAGCUGUGCGGCGGCAGCUCAGAGUCUGGUUCUGUUUCAGUGGUCCGUGGUUCCGGAUUAUAAACGCUGAAGUUCUGUGAAGUUCGGUGUCGGCUCUUGUUCUUCUUCCGCCGCUGUUCCCAACCUUCCAGUCAUGGAGAUGAAUGCAUGAUAGGAGUUAAACCAACAGGACGUUAGACCAGACUCUGGACACCAGGGGUCUCCAUUGUCACAGAUGGGUGAGACGGAGGACGAACGCACGGCUCAGGCCAGUCAGCUCUUUGAGAACUUUGUCCAGACGUCCACCUGUAAAGGGACGCUGCAGGCCUUCAGCAUCCUCUGCAGGCAGCUGGAGCUGGACCCUCUGGACUACAAGAACUUCUACAGCUCUCUGAAGGUCGCCGUCAGCUCCUGGAAGGUCAAGGCUCUGUGGACCAAACUGGACAAGAGGGCACAGCACAAGGUCUACAGCCAGAACAGAGCCUGUGAGGGAACCAGGUGCCUGGUCAUCGGUGGAGGACCGUGUGGUCUCCGUACAGCCAUCGAGUUGGCGUUGUUGGGCUGUAAGGUGGUGGUGAUUGAGAAGAGAGACACCUUCUCCAGGAACAACGUCCUCCACCUGUGGCCCUUCACCAUUCAUGACCUCAAGGGCCUCGAAGCCAAGAAGUUCUACGGCAAGUUCUGUGCCGGCUCCAUCGAUCACAUCAGUAUCCGUCAGCUGCAGCUCAUGCUGCUGAAAGUGUGUCUGAUUCUGGGAGUAGAAGUUCAUGUCAACGUGGAGUUUGUCAAACUAACGGAACCUCCAUCAGAGCAAACUGGUGACGGUCCUGGAUGGAGAGCUCAGAUCAAUCCACCCUCACAUCCUGUCUCCGACUUUGACUUUGACGUCGUGAUCGGAGCUGAUGGACGCAGAUCCACACUAGAGGGAUUCAGUCGUAAAGAGUUCCGAGGGAAGCUGGCCAUCGCCAUCACGGCUAACUUUGUCAACAGGAACACCACGGCCGAGGCCAAGGUGGAGGAGAUCAGUGGCGUGGCCUUCAUCUUCAACCAGAAGUUCUUUCUGGAACUAAAAGAGGAGACGGGAAUCGAUCUGGAGAACAUCGUGUACUACAGAGACAACACGCACUACUUUGUCAUGACGGCGAAGAAGCAGAGUCUGCUGGACAAAGGCGUCAUCAUCAAUGACUACAUUGAAACAGAGCGACUGCUAAGUCUUGACAACGUGGACCAGGAAGCCUUGCUGUCCUACGCCCGCGAGGCCGCUGACUUCGGCACCAACUACCACCUGCCGUCUCUGGACUACGCCAUCAACCACUACGGCCAGCCGGACGUGGCCAUGUUCGACUUCACCUGCAUGUACGCCGCCGAGAACGCUGCUCUGAUCAGGGAGAGACAUGGACACCAGCUGCUGGUGGCCUUGGUGGGAGACAGUCUCCUGGAGCCCUUUUGGCCCAUGGGUACAGGCUGUGCUCGGGGUUUCCUGGCAGCCUUCGACGCGGCGUGGAUGGUGCGAGGCUGGGCACAGGGACGGAACCCUCUGGAAAUCCUGGCAGAAAGAGCCAGUAUUUACAGACUGCUGCCUCAGACCACCCCGGAGAACAUCAGCAAGAACUUUGAGCAGUACAGCAUCGACCCGUCCACGCGGUACCCCAACCUCAGCGCCAACUGUGUGAAACCACACCAGGUUCGUCACCUGUACCUGGAUGGUCUGCAGGGUUCCUCCAGACUGGCAGGGGGCGGUCACACAGGACGGUCAGUCAACCGGUCCAAGGGAGAGUCCGAGGUUCGACCCAGCCGUCUGCUCAGCUGGUGUCAACGACAGACGCAGGGCUACAGAGGGGUGGAGGUCACCAACCUGACGUCUUCGUGGAGGGACGGCCUGGCUCUGUGUGCUCUCAUUCACAGACAGAGGCCAGAACUCAUUGAUUACGAAUCGCUGAACGAGGACGAUGUGGCCAGAAACAACCAGUUGGCGUUUGACGUGGCGGAGCGAGAGUUUGGAAUCCAGCCGAUGACCACGGGGAAGGAGAUGGAAGCUGGGUCAGAACCGGACAAACUAUUGAUGGUUCUCUACCUGUCCAAGUUCUUUGAGACCUUCAGGAACUCGUCACUCAACAACGGUGUAGAAGAGUUGGAUGAAAACGGAGAAGGUUCUUCACAACAGUCCAACAUCAUGCUGCUGAGGAAGAGGACACCCAGGGAGGACAAAACGUCAGACGAGGAUUCGACGAAGAAGAGACGACGGAGGGGAAACCGUUACCUGACUGAGCUGUCCUGCCACAGCAUGCUCCCUGCUGGUGAGGAUGGAGAACUGCGGGAGAACAAGGUCCGAUCCAUGGCCACACAGCUGCUGGCCAAGUUUGAAGAGAACUCCUCCACGACGCAGACCCGCACUAAGUUUGAUCUGUCCUUCUCUCCUCCUCUCUCUCCUUCCACCUCUCCUCUUCCUCCCCCAGAGGAGGAGGGAGAGGCUGAUGUGGAGGAAAAGGAGGAAACAGAAAACCCUCGUUUUGCCAAACCCAAAGAACCUCCUCCUUCUCCUCCUUGUGCUUGUUCAACCCCCGCUCGCCCAAAGUGGCAGCCUUCCAUCUACCUUCGUUUGUUGGAGAACUCCAGUUCUUCUAAACCUCCUCGGAGCUGCAGUCGUUCUCCUUCUCCUUCCUGCUCUCAGAGCUUCACUCCUCCUCGCUCGCCCAGUCCUCCUUCUUUCCCAGAAUCCACCUCUACCUGUCUUUAUACUCCUGAUCAGGUGGAACCGUUGAUGCUGAACAGUUCCCACUCUGACCUCCAGAGGGUGUCUGCUGGAGAGUUUACCAGGAGGAGCAUAAAGGAGAGAGCUGACCUCCUCUCCUCCCUGUUCCCUGGGUCCAACAAACCUCCUUCUUUAUCUUCUCUGUCUGACUCAAAGGUGGCAGCAUCUACCUCUAUAUUUCCUCCCCCAUCAGUUUCUGUGUCUGAGAACCUCUUUCCUGUGGUCCAUCCUGUUCCUGACCCCACUGUCCACACAGGCUUCGCUCCUCUGUCCUCCUCCUCCUCAUCUUUCUCACACCCUCCCAGACUAAAGGACAGACAUCCCAGCACCGCCCCGUCUGAAGGGUCAGAGUUCAGCGUCGGUCAGAUCCGACCUCACUCCGACUUGACUGAGAGUAGAGACAGUGGAGGAGGUGACACCUGUGGAGGUGUGUCUGUGCUGCAGGAACUGUCUGUGACUAAGUCCAGAGCCUGUGGAGAUAGUGGUGAACAGACUGACCAGGAGACAGACGGCGGUGGUGACGGUGGUGGUGGUGGUGGUGACUUGGCUGAACCUGAUGAUCUGAAGUCCAGUAGAGGUGCUGGUGACCACACCGGGAGGGUAGGUCAAAGGUCACUGGUUCGCUGUGAGAGCUGUCCAGCUGGAGCUCCUGGUUACAGUAAAGAGCGAACAGUUGGGAAAGUGUCUUCAUCCAUAGACGCCAAAGCUCAGCUGCUGGCCCUCCUCUAUGAGACUGACCACAGGCCUGGUAACGCCCCGUGUGUGGUGCGCAAGGACUUGGGGGGAGGACUGGGGGGCAGUGACGUCUGUCACUUCUGCACCAAGAGGGUGUACGUGAUGGAGCGGCUCAGCGCUGAGGGAUACUUCUUCCACCGCGAGUGUUUCCGCUGUGACGUGUGCAAAUGCACGCUCCGUCUGGGGGGGCACACCUUCGACUCUCAGGAGGCAAAGUUCUACUGUAAGAUGCACUGGGCCCAGCGUCAGUCCAGCGUCCGCCCCGGGAGAGCACGGAGGACGACGAACCAUCCAAGUCCUGUCACACCGUUGGACAGUGGAGGCUUCUCUGACUCAGGCAGUAACAGCAGCAGCAGCAGCAGCAGCAGCAUCGUCCCAAAACCCUCCUGCAGGUCCCCUGGGUUUCUUGCUUGUGUGGGACCUGAGCUGGUCGAGGCAUGCUGCAAGGACAGCUCCCCUCACCUGAGGCUCUGUCCAGACCUCUGUCCUGCACCUCCUAGACUUGGCCUUUCUCCUCUGUUCUUUUGCACUCUCCCAGAUGACGUUUCCUUGGCUGUGAUUGUCUAUGUUCUGGUUCUGGUUCUGGUUCUGGACGCAGACUUCCACAGCCUUGUUUUUACUCUGACAGCCACUAAAAUGUCUGCGUUUUCCCUCCAGCUAAGUCCGGCAGCGCUGCUCUCUUCCUUCACGUGUUGGUCUCCGGUGUGUCUGUCCACACUGACCACUGUCUUCACACUGGCUGCCUUUAGGAGUCGGGACUGUUCCGGUUUGUCUGCUGGCCUCGGUGCGGCGUCACAUUUCACAUCACAUAAACUUGAUGGCAGAAUGAAAAGAGUUCCUGAAGACACAGAGAUGGACGUGGACACUGAGGACAGUGACACCUCAGGAUCCAGGGACCAGAGUCAGGAGGUCACCAGCAGAGAGCAUGAUGAUGUCAAACACAAUCAUCGAUGGAGAAAGAAGAUUAAAGCUGCAUUCCCGCUGAUGUUCAUCAACCCUUUCCAUAGAAGUUCACCUGUGGACACAGUCAGACCAGAGACGGUUCCUGAGUCUGACUUUGAGGAGAUCACAUCUGCAGAGCUGGAAAAUAGCUGUGAAGGUGGACGUCAGAUGUCUGCAGACCUCCAGGGUCAGCCAGAGGAAGAAGAAAACAAUGGUGGACAAAACUCAGCCACCACAAAGACUGUAUCACCUCCAAGGACUCGCUUAAAAAUCUCUCGUGCCCAGAAGGAGAAGCUCCUGAACUGGGACUUUCAUGUAGCAGCAGAAGAAGCUGAGCAGACGACGCAGCAGCUCAAGAACCAGGUACCAGCAGAGGCAUCUGUGAAUGAACCUCAGACAGACCAGGACCAGAACCAGAACCAGAACCAAAGCUCCAGCUCUUUCCACUCAACCUUCCAGAUUAUCACCAAUGCCUUUAGGAGAACGUUCAGUGUGACCAACAGGUCCAGCAGUGUCAGCAAUGGAGUGGUCAUGAGAGCCAAAUGUGACGGCAGCGGCAGACCGAGGCCGGUGUCACUGGGAGCCCUCAGCUUCACCUCCGCCUUCAGUGUAGCCUCACACUCUGACCAGGAGACCAACACCGAGGAGAACCCUAAUCCCUGCUGGUCGUCUGCAGGCUCCAGUCACGGGAGUGGAGCCCAUGACCUGCCAGCUCUGCUGCAACAGGUCUCCCUGAAGAACCAGAGAGGGUCUGGAGGAGUUCCCCCUGAUGACAUGGGUUCACUGCCCCGUAGGAGAGUGGAUCUGUUCUCCUCCUUGAGACUGAGGAGGAGCAGGGAGUCAGAGAGUAAAGGAAAGGAGGUGGAGAAGGAGCCCACAACCAUGUUUAGCAACUUGAGGAGCAAAGAGAAUCUGGAGUCUGAGGAAAAUGAAGACGUGUCUAAGGUGGCCCAGCAGGUCAAGAGAGAAGAGCUGAAGAGGCUUCACCGAGCUCAGGCGAUCCAGAGACAGCUGGAGGAAGUGGGGGAGAAACAGAGGGAGGUGGAGGAGAGAGGAGUAAUACUGGAGAAGGCCAUCAGAGGAGAAGCAGGAUCCUCUUCCUCCCAGUUGGACCACAGUGAUGAGGCCCAGCUCUAUCAGUCCUGGUUCAGACUGGUUUUGGAGAAGAACAGAUUGGCACGAUAUGAGUCUGAACUCGAGGUUUUUGCUCAAGAACUUGAACUGGAGGACAGACAGUGUCGACUGCAGCGAGAGCUGCGAUCCCGGAUGGCGACGGACGACACUGAAAAGAGUGCCACGCAGCUCCAGGAGGAGCAGGAGAUCCUGACGGAGAUCAUGAGGACAGUGGAGAAACGGGACAUGCUGGUCUCAGCUCUGGAGGAGCAGAGGCUGAAGGAGAAGGCAGAGGACAGAGACCUGGAGAGUCUGGUUCUGUCCAAGGGCUAUGAGUUUCACUGGACGUAGGUGAUGACAGCUAGACAUUAGUGGACACUGGACUUCCCCGAGGACAGAGGUCAGAGGUCAGAGGUCAGGAGACCCUGGACUGUCAUGGUCUGAAGGCUGAAGCAGCUCGGCUCAGCUUAGCUUCAUGUGUUUACAAGUACAUAUCACACAUCAACAAACUGGGAGGGACAGACAGGUGGGACCGACAGGAGGGUCAGACAGAGGAGGGGCAGACAGAGAUGAACCAAUAAUACUGCCCCCCUCAGGCAGAAAGUGUGAAGUAACCAGGACAGAUGGUCAUUGGUUGUAAAGUGAGGACGGUUUUGAACAUGUUUCACACUGGAACUUUAAAGAACUCUUGUGUUUUAAUUCAUCCUCAGGGGAGCCUUUCAUGUGCUACACGCUGGUGUUAAAUUGUUGUGUGUGUUUUGUGUGACUCACUCUUUGGCACUGUGCUGUUGUUUAUUUUUAUUAUUAUUAUUGUCAUUUUAAUUUUAUUCUUUAUGUUCUGAAACACUCAAGAAUUUUCUAUUGAGACCCAAACAGACACGGAGGAAAUGACGUCGUUGUUAUGUUGACGAAGACGUUCUGCUGCUGUCACUUUAAAUCUGCUGCUGUGGUGGUUGUCAGGGGCUGCGAUGUCUCGUUUUUCUACUGAUUUCAUCCAAGUCAAGCAUAGGAUGAAAUUAAUAAACCACCAGAGGGCGACACUUCUGCUUACUUCAUUUACUAAAUGGAACGUUUAUUUAUUUUAUAACGGACUCACUCACGUUUUGUGAACUUCCUCUUUUAAAGACGUACCUGACAAAUACUUCCUGGCCAUUACGUCUGGGUCAUGUGACCAUACGUUGUCAAAAACCAUGUUCUGUUCGAAGUCGCCCUCUGGUGGUUCACCACUGCUUGGACAGGUUCCCAUCUCCAUGUUUGUAUUUGUAGUCUAUUAUUGUGACGUGAACAUUGUUGUGUGUACUGCGUGCCCUACGUGGACUCGUCUGUGUGUGUGUGCGUGUGCGUGAGAGCUCGACCACACUUAUUUAUACCGUCACCGUUUACACAAAGACUUGUUUCGUGUGCUUUGGUUUUUAUGCUGAUUUUAUGUUUUGAUUGGAAACAGAACCUUUAAUAAAAAGUUUAAUUUAAAAUAUUUUUAUGACAUUUUACAGGCAAGAAAAUAAAGUCAUCGUUGCUAUUUUAUAGGAUGACGUCAGUAAAUAAUAUAUAUUAAAAUGUAUUUAUUAUUAAAUGUUAAACAUAAUUAUUUGAUCGUUCUGAUUUUUAAACCAGAUUAAACCGCUUUAGCGUGUUCUACGUCACGUAGAAAAGGAAUAAAUGACAAACGUCACGUCAAAACUAGAACAUUCUGAUGUAAAACAAUGUCAAAGUCAUCACUGAAAAUCACAUGAAAAAGAAAUAGAAAAUAGAAAUAUAUAAUUCACCGCAGAACAAUAGAAUUGCCGUAGUUCUUUAUGACUACAUUCACAUACGUUUAUGAUGACGUAAUCUGUUGUUUAGCGCCUAAAUAAUGUACCAGUAAUGAACAUUCUAGAACGAUUCUGGACUUUUAACAUAUACAAAUCCAUGAACGUUAUAGUUGAAGAACAACCAAACUGACGUCACCGCAAAAGUAAAAACAAAUCAAGAAAUCAAUGAAAAGUCAAAAAUAUCAGUGAGAACAGUUUUACUAACCCUGUUA